AUGCAUUUCUUCACAGCCCUCUUCUCGCUCUUCGCAGCAACUGCCACCGCUUUCCCCACCAAGCCUGCCUAUUCUACUACACCCGCGGCUCGUGACGCUGGCGAUGUCUACAUUUGCACUGGUGCCAACUUCACAGGCCACUGCGAAUACUUCAAGCAAGCCUUGGACACCUGCGUCAUCCUACCCGACACUCUCAGCAAGCAAGUCUCUGCAUUCGGACCUGAUGAGGGCGCAAGAUGUUUGUUGAUGCAAGGAUCCUGCGACGAUCGCAUGCCUUACCGCGAUGCUUCUUACCCAGGCAUCUCGGAUCUGCGCAACUCCACUUUCGAUGGCACGGCAACAAGCUUCAUCUGUUUCCACUUGCCCUCGACUGAGGAGGCUUGA